GUGCAAGGAGGAGCCAUGCUUUCUGCCAUCAAGGAGGCACUGGGCACCACAGUUUUGGAGGGCACAGGCAGGGGUGGUGGUGGCUGCAUCAGUGAGGGCGAAGUGUACCACACAGAUACAGGGAAGGUGUUUAUAAAGAGGAAUUCAAAAGAAAAGGCACGGGAGAUGUUUGAUGGAGAAUAUGCAAGCUUGAAGACCACUCUGCCUUACAGGUUACAUCUCCAUAACCUCAAAGCCAAGGAACAGGCCACAGGGGGCAGAGUGGGCAGUGCCUCCCCCAGCUAUGUGGAAGAGUUUGGCUUUCCAGUUAACACUAGUUGUGGCUACCUCUCCCAGGACAACACAUGGAACAAGGACUGGCUGGUAUUUUAUUCGAGAAAGCUGAACCACCAGGUGUCUUUGAUUCAGGAAGAGUACGGGGACCGUGAAGUUGGAGAAUUGUGGACCCAUCUGCAGGUAAAGAUGCCCAAAUAUUUCUCAGGCAUUGAAGUCCUUCCAUCCCUCUUGCAUGGUGACCUGUGGAGUGGUAAUGCGGCACAGACAACAGUCGAACCAGUAAUCUUCGACCCAGCGUCAUUCUACGGGCAUCACGAGUAUGACCUGGCGAUUGCUGCAGCGUUUGGAGGAUUCCCACGCCCGUUCUGGGAGGAGUAUCACACCUUGAUUCCAAAAGCAUCUGGAUGGAAUAAAAGACACAAGCUCUACAAACUCUUCCACUACCUUAACCACUGGAACCAUUUUGGGAGUGGAUACCGCAGUCAAAGCCUGGGCCAGAUGAGAGACUUGUGCCUGUAGGCUGUUAAGGAGGACCUGGCUAUGUCCUUACACUGAACUUACCACUUUGUGAAUUCAGUGCCAUAUAUAUCAGACACAUUUUUUUUCUGCCUCUUAUGUACCAUCACCAGAAAUGUUGUGUGUGUGUGUAAUGUAGGGGUUCCCAAUCUAGACAAAUUACCCGAAGUGUGGUUAAUAGGUAUAGAAGACUGAGGGCAACCCUUCCCUUUCCCCUUCUACCCUCCUCCCCAGAAUAAAUAUUCUUGUUAAGAUUGAGACUUUUAUUCUCAAAUGACCAUUAAGGUGGCGGCACACUACAGUAUCUUCCCGAGUUUCGCGCUUGCUUCGUUCUGCAGGUAUAGCGGUAAACUCGCGGGUCGCGAAACUUGGGGUAUUGAAAACUGAAAAAGCGCUUAUUUGUUCCGGCCCGUGGAGAAGCUGACUUUUUUUUCCCGCGUUUCUCCCUUGUUAUCUCAAAAUACAUACUGUGUAAAAAGGAAGAAAAUGUGAAGAGAGAACGGGUCGUUUUGAAGCCACAGCUGAAAGCGGCUGGCUGCCUGACGAUUGGCCGACAGUUCUGAAAACACGCUUAUGAUUCACCGAGUCUGAUGACGUCAUCGACGGCGCUCAUCCAAUCAGCGGCCUCUUAUGACGAAACGAAAACAUUGUGAAUAUGAAGUCAACGUUGAUAGUUAUAUCAUUAGUUCGUAGCUUUUACCGCGGGCCAUUAGCGCGCAUUUCUGUGAAUCUCGCCCCAGCACGUGUGAACACCGUCACCUAACUGCUAGUUUUUCGGGAAUUUUGUACAGAGAUUCAAAGUCAGCUGUAUUUCACGGGAAACUCAUCGAAAUUCUAGUCAGGAACUCAGUCACCAGCAUCUUGGUUAUUUUCUCGUGAGGUCGGUAAGUUGUGGUCACAAGAAAAAGAAGAGCGUAUCAGCUGAUCGGUUCAGUAGCUAUCCGCGUGUUUACUCCAGUACCACAAUGAGUUCCGUGAAGCUAGAUAAGCUUGGAGUAAUCGGGUUGAGCAAGUCUUGGACUUUAGUCUUGUCCAAGCGUAGCCACUGCCUCAUCAUGUCUGGGUCCUCACUGCAAAAUUCUCGAAGCAUUUAACGGUAGCAAGCUGUAACAUACUCUCCCUGUCUCCGAGCUAACCACUCAUGAACCAACAAUUUUUUUUUUUUCAGCAAACACCACAAAGCAAACUCUGCAACAUCUGGAUCCAUUAUUUGUUCUUUUCAGCUGAUACAUCCGAGAAUGCAACAGUCCUUUGUGUGACCAAACUUGAGGAUAAAUUCGAGGAAGAAAAUUGUCGGGAGAUAAUUUCGGUGGAAAAGUCCCGAGAAACUAGUUUGUGUGACCGCGCCUUUAAGCUGCUUGUGUUACAUUGGCCCUGUCUCCUCCAACCGCGUUGGCGAUAGGGGCGAUCGGCAACUCUAACUAUUCCGGGUGUGCGUCACACACGGCCAAGGUCGGUUGUUCGUAUUCACAACGUAAACAAAGUAGUCGCCCUGUAUCGAUUAAAUAGUAAACAAAGCAGCUCUGCCACUCCACUGUACGAGUUUCCUGGUUGGCCAUUUUCCACUGCUCCUCACUCCUCAACCACUUUGUUUACAUACAACCGCGUGGUUGCUCGUACCCCCAACCGACAACUCGCUCCCGGUUGAGCGCACGGGCAACCACGGUUGCCAGUAGCCCCAACGGUUGGAGGAAAACAGCCAGUGUGACACCGCCUAAAGGAAUCGUGCGUGACGCUGACGGUAGCUAGUCGUGAGCCGUACAUCAUCAUGUUACAUGUCAAAGCAGCGCGAAACUUGGGGCAAUAAUGCACGAAAGUCGGGAUGGUAAGAAUUUAGGAUUGAGUGCGAAACUCGAGGAUCGCGAAACUCGGAUAGCGCAAAACUCGGGAGGGUACUGAAGGCAUUUUUGCAUAACAUGCUAUCUGUUUUUGUUAUUUGUUUUGUUAUUUGUUGGUCAAAAUGAGUAACAUUGGGAGAAUUAUGGCAGUCGGGAAAAUGGAUAAUUGAGGACUGGUAGCAAGAGUAGGUGACGUAUGUCUCGCCCACUCACUAUUUCGUGUCAUUGAUGUGACGUAUAACAAUGACCCUUAUAUUCUGCAUCAAAUUUAGUUUUAUUACUGAUAUGAGAAACAUAUGGAUAGUCUUUUUCAUUUGCAGCAUAGGGAAUAUUGCUUAUUCAAGUUAUUCAUAGAGUAAUGUUUAUUUUUUUGCAAUUCUGUGAUAAAAGCAGUGAUGUGCUAAAAUAAACGUAGAAUUUUCA